ACGGUUGCAACUCCGGGAAAGCAAACGGUUGUCCGGUUGCCACUCUUGGGCUUUGGACAGAAACGUCGUGGAGAACCCCAGUGAGUGAAGAUCUGCAGUUAUGAAGAGCGCUUUUGUCACCGUAGGCAGUACAAGUUUUGAUGAACUCAUUCUCAGCGUAACGUCAAACAGCGUAAUCCAGAUCUUCCGUGAACUUGGCUUUGAGAAACUGGUUCUCCAGAUUGGACGUGGUUUGGUAAGGCCUGAGCCAUGCACCUUUGGGGAUUUCACGUUAGAAGUAUUCCAGUACAAAGACUCUAUUGCUGAGGAGAUUCAGAGAGCAGAUCUUGUUAUUAGCCAUGCAGGUGCAGGUAGUUGCUUGGAAACAUUAGGGGCAGGAAAGCCUCUCCUUGUUGUUGUCAAUGAUCAGCUAAUGGACAAUCACCAGCUGGAAUUGGCCAGACAGCUUCAUCGUGACGGACAUCUUUAUUACUGCACAUGCAAGACACUCACUGACACAAUGAAGAGCAUGGAACUAUCUGCUCUUAAACCACUUUUGCCUGGGAAAACUGAGGAAUUUGCCAAUUUCCUGGACAGAAUUGUGGGGCUUGAGAAAGUGGACUGAGAAGUCUAUGAAUAUAAAUGUAACCUGAAACAAGACUGUGGUCACUUCCAUGGAUGGAUUUUAUUCAAGCCUUCUGCUGCAACUGUAAGUCAGUGAUAACAAGCAUACAGAAGAAGUGAGGUACAAGCCGCAGAGUUUCAUAUUCUUGUCUGUUACACUGAACAAUUCAUCUGUUACAAUACUUAACUUUUUUUUUUUUUUGUGAAAACGUUACUUCUCAUUUUUUGAAGAAAAAGAUCAAAGUAGUGAUGUGUUUUUUUUUGACCUGACACUUGUUUCAGUUUCUAAAGCAUCAGUAGCACUGGCAUGCUGCCAUCUUUCUGCUGCAGGUGGGUAGAGAGUUGCAUUUCAUUUGAAAAUGCACUCUGAACCUGUAGGGAAGGAUGUGGGACAAAUAGAAAUGCACAAAAUAACUAUUAUUGUUUUAUUUUUUUUGCUAUCUUAAAGUUUUUGAAACUAAGAAAAGUGUCUCUUUUUAAUGCACUAGAAAGUAAUUGGAAUAUAUGGGCAUUUAUUAAUGCACUAUGGUGCACAAUAUGUGCAAAAUCUCUGUAGAUGUAAUUACAGGGGUUUAAAGUUGGUGGUGCAAGCCAAGAAACAGCGAGCUUUAUUAACUUUAGAAAUCAACAAACAUUACAAUGCAUAGUGAGUCAAAACUAGCACUACAGGAGAGCCUUUAAAGGGUUAGAUUUGAAAAUAUGUCUGCAGAAUUCAGAUGAUUGCUCAAUACACAGGAGAGGAGGUGACCUGCUACAGAGAUUUAACCAGAACAUCUUUUGUAUCCCGUUGAUCAUCUUUUGGUUUGAUACUUAGGUAAAUGCAAAAUAAAAACAACUGAAAGCCA